UAUAAUAUAGGUAUUACACUCAUCUGUGCAAAUCGACUCGGCUUCAUUGAUGGACCAAAAGACGAUAACUCCCGGUAUUUUGAAACUAGACAAAACGUCUCUGCGCUCCUCCGAGCUUGGAGCAGCAUCUUCAGCGGCUAUGCAGGUGGGUCCGUCAUCCCCGUCGCAGUCGCAAUCGUCGGCCAGUCGACAGUCGGUUACGUUUGGUACCGUCGAGUGCCAGCGCGACGAAAAUUACGCGGAGGAAAAUUCGCGGAUUGUCGCGGACGCGAGAUACCGCGACGACAUGCAGCGCAUCUCCGUCGCCGCGAUAUCCACACGAGCGAAUCCCGCGGGUGAGACUCCGCAGAAUCUGGCACAAUCGACGGAGAAAUCGACCGUGGACGACGAGGGGAAUGACAGCGAGGACGAUUACUCGGCCUCGGUCUGCGCGAUCAUGCAACGACGGAAUUCGACACGGCGACAGAGUCGGAGGAAGAGACGUCCGUCCUCUCCCUUUGGCGUCGACGUCGACGGUGUCGCGCGUCGUCGAUCCUCGGCUUACACCACGAGCUCGGGAGACACGGUAAUCUCGAUGGAGGAGAGCGGCAAUCAAGAGCAAAUCUUCGAAAAUCUCAAGCUACACAAGGAGGUUUUAGGCGGCGUGAAGCAACAGCCUUGGCCCCUUCGACGUAAAAUCAGACUCGUACGACAGGCUAAGGCCUACGUUAGGCGACACGAGGGAGCCCUUCAGGAGAGACUCGCUCAAAGACGCAGCACCAAAGACGUCAUAGCGCGCGUUUCGCUCUUCGUGACCCAGAAAUGGCAGUACUUCCGACGUGAGCUUAUCAAUCUGCGAACGUGGCUCGUGCCCUGGGAGAUCCGUAUCAUGGAGAUAGAGUCUCAUUUCGGAUCCGCCGUCGCCUCUUACUUCACUUUCCUCCGCUGGCUCUUCUGGAUCAACCUCGUCAUCGCGGCGACCCUCACGGCGUUCGUCGCGAUACCCGAGAUGUUGACCGCGAAUGCGACCCUUGCCGGCGAGAGGAAAAUCAUGCUGAAGGAGGAGAGCGUCAAGUCUAAGCAUCUGUUGACCCUGUGGGAAUUCGAGGGCUUGCUAAAAUACUCCCCGUUCUUCUACGGAUGGUAUACCAAUCAAGACUCCAACAGCAAUUAUCGACUACCUAUGGCGUACUUUGUCACUAAUUUGGUCGUGUACACGUACAGCUUCGUCGCGAUCCUCCGCAAAAUGGCGGAAAAUUCGCGUCUGAGCAAACUGACCGAGAAGGAGGACGAGUACGUUUUUUCAUGGAAACUCUUCACAGGAUGGGACUUUAUGAUUGGUAAUCCGGAGACCGCGCACAAUCGUACAGCCAGCAUCGUGCUAGGCUUCAAGGAGGUCCUGCUGGAGGAAGCGGAGAAGCAAAAGGAUAACAGAAACUGGAAGAUCAUAUCGAUGAGGAUAUUCGUGAACGUCGCGGUGUUAUCUUUACUCACGUUAUCGGCGUACGCCGUGAUCGAGGUGGUUGGACGAAGCACGACGGAGAUCGAUUCGCACAACUGGUGGCGACAGAACGAGAUCACGAUUGUUAUGUCUUUAAUCACGAGCCUCUUCCCGAUAUUCUUCGAGAUCCUCGGCUUCCUCGAAAGCUAUCAUCCCAGGAAGCAGCUCCGGAUACAACUGGCGCGGAUAAUGGUCUUGAAUUUGCUAAACCUCUACUCGCUGAUAUUCGCAUUAUUUCAAAAAGUAAACUCCAUGAAAGACGAUCUUUCUGAUCUCAAACCGACAAACACGAAUUGCGUGUAUAAAAUGGUAGCGUGCGGUGACGAGCUGACGCGUACGCAGCAAAUCGCGACAUUGGCGUCUUUGAGUCUCGUUUUAAUAAGCAACAUUACCCAUUCCCAUGCUAAGAGACAAAUUACAGAACCAACGCUAACAUCCAUCAGACAGGAAACGUACUUCCUUAAUCCCUUUCUGGACGACGAUACGUUGGAUUAUUCGGACAUUGAUUACGAGAGUUACCUAUACGAAACUUCGAAUAGCAGCGACGAAUCUUAUACCGCAUCUUAUGAAGAACAAAAUAGCAGCAUAGAGGAUAACGGAACGUAUGGCUACGACACAAGUUCCACUGUAAUCGCCAAUUAUCUCACUGAUUCGACGAUAGUCGAAGAUUUUUAUACAAAUUCUAUUUGGUCUCAGGGUAAAAACGCGACGUCGACAAUUAUCGAAACGAGCACGAUGGAAGAUUCAUCAACGAUCACGGAUGAUUUUAUCGAUAAAACAAUAAUUACUUCGUCGUCUCUAGACAACGAGGUGUCAUCUACUGGAAAAUUCUCAUCUACAGUAGAAAUCACACCUAGAACAGUUACAACGAUUAGCUCGGAAAGUAGCCUUUCUACUUUGCAAUCGAGAGAAAAUUAUACAGUGAAAUGCUUCGAAAAAAACUGCACCACUACGUCGCCGAAGAAUUUAGCCAUUCCCUUGGAACAAUUAGAUCCAAACACCCGCAGAAAACUGCGUCGACUGUGCUGGGAAACUAUGUUCGGCCAGGAACUCGCCAAGCUCACCGUCAUGGACUUGAUACUCACUAUAUUAACUACCCUCAGCAUGGAUUUCUUCCGCGCCGUUUUCGUGCGUUACAUGAACAACUGCUGGUGCUGGGACUUGGAGAAACAAUUUCCGCAAUACGGCGACUUCAAGAUCGCCGAGAACAUACUUCACUUGGUGUACAAUCAAGGCAUGGUUUGGAUGGGCAUGUUUUUCAGUCCCGGUUUGACAGCGCUAAACCUUCUCAAGCUCGGCAUCUUGAUGUACCUACGUUCCUGGGCGGUUCUCACAUGCAACGUGCCGCACGAGGUGGUUUUCCGAGCCUCCAGAUCCAACAAUUUCUACUUUGCGCUUCUACUGACCAUGCUGUUUUUGUGCGUGUUGCCGGUCGGUUACGCAAUAGUCUGGGUCGAGCCUUCGUGGCAUUGCGGCCCAUUUUCUGGUUAUCCAAAGAUUUAUAAUUUAGCGACACAGACCUUGAUAAAUUCGCUUCCACAAGUGAUUCAACGAUGUCUCGACUACGUCGCGUCGCCUGGUAUAAUAAUACCUCUGAUUGUUUUGAUGACGUUAAUUAUUUAUUACAUGGCGUCUCUCGCUGGAUCUUUGCGAGAAGCGAAUAACGACCUAAGGGUAACAAUACUCAUCAAAGAAUAUAUUAAAAUAUAUUAUAUGUUAUAUCGAUAAGUUAAACUAAAAUAAUAAAAAAUAUGCUAUUGUUUCAGAUGCAACUGAGACAUGAACGUACGGA